UGUCGCCAGCGACCAGCGACCAGCGACAGCCAGCGAGGACUCGCGAUUCGCGUUUUCGGGACGCGACAACAAAUUUAUAAAUCAAUUGAUCUCGCCGCGCGAUUCAUCUCUCAGCGGCGCGGCGGUGUGAGACAAAUGUCAGAGCUUUAUGACAAUUCGCCGGAAUAACAUACGAAUCGAUUAAAACGGACAAUCGAGCGCAAUGACGACGAACGAUGCGAACCGAUGUGCCGGUGGAUCGAAAUAUGCGAGGUAGGCAGGUAUGAAUCAAUAAAUAUGCCUCAUGGCUGGAGGCAGGAACAAGAGCGAGCGAAAUGGAAAUUUAGACAAAACGCACCAGUGGCAAUGCCACGAUAACCUUAACUCCUUUAAAACGCUUGAGCCUUCUCCGAGUGAUGAAUUCAAAAAACGGAAGAGUGCGGAACAACGUCGCACUAGUGUUAAAAAUAUCAGCCUAUUGCAAGACAGUAUUGUAAGGCUUCUUUAUAGUAAUCUGGAUUUUACUCAAGAAGAGCAGUUGUUGGUGAAAAUAAUUUUGAAUUCAAAUUACAAGUGUGAUUCUUUGAAUGAACUUGAUAUAGAUACAUCUCGCGUUGACAAUAGAAUACGCGAGAAAUUUCUGACAUUGAACUGUGACGCGCAUUUGCAUAACGUAAAAGAUUAUGCUGCAACGAAUGUGAGUCCCACUGCAUCAGAAAUGGCUGAUUCCGGCUUGGAGACAGGUUCGAUAAGUCCACGCGAUAAUACGACAUCAGAGAAUUCGAGCACGGAUUUUGAGAUCCAGACGCAAGCGGCAGAAUACGCUUCUGCUAAUGAUGAUGAUGAUUCGGAACGGAUACGCGCCGAGCGCGUACGCAAUAAGAACGAUCGCAAGACACUUUUGUUGCACGAUCCUGAACGAUCCUGCGAGUCGUUUGGCAAUAGCAAUUACCAUUUCGAGAAACUCGCGAUUCAACCGCGAUCUAUGUCGAAUGACGACGCUGUAACAUACUCCGUAACGUCCUUGGAAGCGGAUACGUCGGGAGACAACGUUCAGGAGGCGAAACUAAAUGCCGAGGAGAUCUUCCAGUACGAGAGUCGAAUGUUAAAUGAGCCAUUCUACGAAUCGGAUUGUGGCAGCGAUGAAAAUGAAUCUUUUGAAUUUAUCGAGCCUAUCCCUUCGGCAAGGACACCCGAAGGACACGUAGAAACUCCCGCAAAAUGUAAAUUGGAAUGGAAAACACAGCAGAGCGAUGCGGAAGAAUCGGAAAGCGUGACAGGUGAAACGAGCAUCCGAGAAUCCGAUCAUUCUCGUCUUACCACUAACUCCUCGAUCAGUCGUAACAAUUCCUCCACGAGUGGUUAUUACUUCAUCGACGCAUCUACCUUGAAUGACGAAGUGGACAUUGUAUCUACGAACGUAACGAGGAAUCAUCAGCAGUAUGGCAGCGAUUAUGGCAGCGGUACGUCGCUAUCGUAUUUGACAUUUUCUUCAAAUUAUUCGGCCAACAAGUCAAAUAAUGCUGUGGAAGAACAAUCUUACAAGUUUACACCACUCAAGACGCUACCUUUGCAAAUCGGGCACGAGCGAGUGGCGGAAUUUGAACGGGAAUUGAAACUCACCGAGCCAUAUUUGCAGCCAUUUUCAGAAUCACGUAAAAUAAAGAGGGUAGAUUCGGCAUUGGAGGAGAAGAUAGAGGUGGCGAACAGCACGGAGCCGACGGAGAAGGAGUCGUUGGCCGUAGAGAUCAAAGAGGCGGACAGUGGGGAGAGCGCUCAUCCUUCCCCGUGCCCUGACAAUAAUACCAAGUUGAACACAACUCGAGAUAAGAAAACGGAAACGUCGAACGACAUCGACGAGGCAACAACGACGGGAAACGAAAACGGAAGAACGGAAAAGAAGGCGGCGACGGCGCCCGACGAUAGACGGCCAUCGCUCAUCAGAAGAAAUACGUUCGAGCUCGACUCUAACGACGAGAAAUUAUCCGUUUUGAGACAAGAAUACGAACGUAGGCAGGGUAGCCUCAUUUUUCAAAGCGCCAUUCCACAAUACUCCGGACAUCGUGUAGACGGAGAUUCCACGAUUUGUCACGUACCUUCCGAUUCCGUGGCUCCUCCGAUUACCGAACCGUCGAUUACGUUUACCUCUGACGAUCUGCAACAGAUCGUCACUACGCAUCCGAUGUCAUAUCUAUUGGAUGGUUGUAAAAACGAGAUUAAUCAGACGCAAACGACACAAUCCAACUACUUACAAUCGAGCCUGAGCAAGUCUUGCGCGGUUUAUCCGGUUAUUAAAAGUGCCAGCGACAAAUCUAUCAUCGAUUACAGCGUAGCGGACUUGGCGGACGUCGAGGAGACGUCGAAUCACUGCAGUAGUAGUUUGCCGGUUACCUUAGACUCAAUCUUGGAGAAAGGUAAUCGAACGGAGUCUAUAAAGCGAACUAAACGCGACGAGGCCACUCCGAUAAUCUCCGGUGGUGUCAGCACUUCGGAUUACUCGAAACCUUCGGACAGUCCGACGGUGCGACGCAGAACGGAAUCCACGCCGAUCGUAUCGGGCGGCUCGGUGAUCAUGAACAAGUCUGAGAUCAAAGUCAAGUCCUCCAGAAUGUCUUCUUCCAUGACUGCUUGGGUGGUCGACAUGAGCGAUUGUAAUAAGGAGGAAUCCAAAUCUCGAAACUCGCGGAGCAUGUCGCAAAGCUUCUCCACUUCCGAAAGCAGCGGGAAAGCAUGUGCAGGCGCACAAAAGUCAGGCGAUCGUGAGAAACAAGGUAGUUUAGGUAGUAGCUUCUUUGUCAAUCUAAAGGAUAUGAAAGAUAACGUUGAAUCCAUUAAACGUGAUCGCUCGCUCGAAAGGAAGGAACGCGAUGGCCAGAACGGCAAGCCUUACUGUGAAUUUUACGUAGAUAUCUCCGACAGGACUGUGAUUAAUAACGCCAAAGUCAAGCCGUCGUCCGAGAGGCAAGACGAGGCCAGCACGAUGAAAAACGAUUGCAGUUGCAACGAAGGUGAGAAGAAGAACAUCUUCUCGAUGUUUAUCGAGCUGAAUGAUACGCGUGAGAGCCGUGAUGGGGCGAGAGACGUUGCGGCUCCGACGCAUAGGCGAAGCUUUUCGACGAUAGCCAAUAAAUUAACGGACGACUGGAGUAGCUCCAGAGAGAACAGUAGUAGCGCUACGGGGGGAGAUAAUGAUAAUGGAGUCCUUGAGGAGUCGCUGCAAGGACAAAAGAAGGAAAGAGCCAAGCCUAGCGUUUUUAUGUUCAUAGAAUCUGAUUCUCCCGUGGUACGAAGACGGACGUUGUCCACUUCGCGACCAACGUUCAAGCGGCACUCGUGGAACGUGGACAAGACACAGCCGACGAAUAAUAGUAAUGGCUGCGUGGCAAAAGAACUUAUGUUCAGAAAGGAACACAAACGCGCGCACAGCAUAUCGAUGGAUAGUCGCGGUAUUAUCAAACAAUCCCAAGCGAAAACGAGCUCGUCUAGUCACUCGCUGAGCGACGCGGCUAAAACCGAUUCUUACAAUCAUAAAAGUUUCAAGAUGCUACAAGAGCGUGAGAAAAACUCUAAUAAUAUGGACACGUCGUCCGAGGAUGUAUUUGAGUUUGAUGUAAAGGACACUCCACCAAAUUCUCACGUGGAGAUCGAAAGUGUACAACUGCCUGUUAGCGUGACGAAUCACGAAUACCGAGAAAUAAUUCCCGAUCAAAUGGACAACUUGGAAGCCAAUGAGACGAAAGCGUACGAGGAUGAAUUCUCGGAAACUUCCGCUUGGGAAAAGACGUGUACCGAGAGCACGGAAGGUCACACUCGCAAAAGUGAGACGUUUGAUAUUAGCAGCGGCAGCGGACCUUCCCCAGAUAGCGACAACCACUAUUAUGAAUUGACUGACUUGUUGCAUUCGGGUGUUAACGAUAGAUCGCAACUAGCUGGCGCGGCUAACUCGAGCAGCAAGAUAUCGGAGACUCGCAAGUCAUUGAGUGAAACUAUAAAGAAGAUCGAAUGCGAAUUGAAGGAACCGGAAUAUAACGACGCGGAUCAGACAUACGGUUAUCGUUUGUCGAAGAAAAUCGGGAAGCCUCGGGUGCCCAGUCGUAAUUUAAAAAAUUUCCAUUCGGAUUCUGAUAAGACUAGUACUUCCAGUUUCGUACGUCUGUCAGAUUUGGAUAAAACGCCGACGGCUCUUGUACCAAUGGUGAAGGACGAUGACAGAAGCACGUGUCGAAUGAGCAGCAGUAUUCCGGAAACGUCGUGGAUAGAGAGCAAGCUGGCGAUGAUGACGAGGAACGCUGGCGGCGGCGGCGGCGGCGGCCCUGUCAAACCAGUCUCGAGAAAGCUCGUUUCUGUCAUGAGUACGUCGCUUCCAUCCAAACAGAAGUCUCCGUUGGAGGAUUUGACCGGUGAUUGCGAAGCGGAAGGGAUUAUCUCCGAAUCUGAUCUUAGUAGCAUGCAAAGCAGUAUGGGACGUUCCGGAGCGGAAGGUAGCACAGAGGAAACUGAAACGUCCAGCAUAGCUGGUGCAAAGCCAUACAAUAGACUUGGUGAGGAUUUAUUAAGGAUGUUCUUGGAAGAGAUCAAUCCUGACGUUACAAUAGAUGUGGCUGGCCGACAUAUAAGAGCACAUAAAUGUAUAUUAAGUUCUCGUUGCCAAUAUUUUGCCGCAAUUUUAAGCGGCGGAUGGAUCGAAAGUGCAGGCAAUGUUAUUUCUCUUCAAGGGUAUUCUUAUAACGCAGUUCAUUUUGCGUUAUGUCAUAUCUACAGUGGAGAAAGUAAUAUACCGGAUUCUAUAAGUAUCGUUGAAUUAGCGACGUUAGCGGAUAUGUUGUGUUUGGAAGGUCUUAAAGAAGUUAUAGGAUACACGCUUAAACUUAAAUAUUGCCAUCUGUUUCACAAGCCUUGCCAAAUAUGUGCCGUUGGAGUGUUGGAAUGUAUGCCAUUGGCGGCAGCGUAUGGUCUGGAUGAGGUGUAUCGAAAGUCACUAAGAUGGAUUACGAAGCACUUUGUACGAAUAUGGCCAUGCAAAGCAUUUGCGACUCUUCCGAGAGAACUUAUGGAAAAAUGUUAUCAUCAGCAUAUAGUGCAUAUGUCUACCGACAACGUGCUUCAAACUAUGAUGGAUUGCGAUAAACUGCUAGCAACUUUACCAAAUGUGCGAUGGGCAGAGCCGGUAUUUCGGAUGGUGUCAAAUCUGUUGGAAACAUCAGUAAAAUUCCUGUCGGAAAAUUUUGCAAGUGUCCUGGGAAACGACAGUUUCCAAUCACUUGGUCACGAGCUAACAUGGAACAUCAGCCGUUUAGAAGAUCAUUUUCUAACAGCCGUCGAACAAUUGCCGCCUGAACAAGCGUGCAAAAGUUACUCAAAAUUGAAUAAAAUGCUAUCAGUCGCCUCGCAGACUGAUGAUUUUCAAGGUAAGAUCAAGUGGGGACCGUUGUUCAUCGAUUUUCUACACAAGCUUCAAGGUCGUGUGGAAAAAUGCUUGGUGCGUGAUGCCACACGUGCCGCGAGAACUACCACAUGGUUGAAAAUGGAUCUAGAACUUCGUAGAAGAAUACAAGAGUUAGCUUGUCUCGUAAUCUUGCCUCACGAAACCUCGAAGCGACUAUCCAGACAUUCAAACUUCUUAAAGGAAUCUCGUGCACCGCAGAACCGUUCGACGAUAAGCCGCAGCUUAGAUUUAAAACGUGUAAAAAUGGUGAUCUCGGAACACAAUGACAAAACAUUAAAGCCAGUGCCAUCAUCUAAACAAAAUAAAAAAGUUUUAUAUAAGCCCAAAACAGAUCCCCUUGAGCGCAAAAUGCAAGAAGAUAAACAAAUUACUUCCGAAACCGUUAGGCCAAAAUCUUGGCCUAAUAAAGUAGAGGUAAAGUCAAGAUAUUUGGAACCAAGGAACAAGCCUGUUCCAAAGGAAAACGCGCCCAUACAUCACGACAAAAUUGUGCAACAACGGCGUAAAAUUAUGAUCUCCUCAUCUGAUUCGUCACGCACUUCUAGCCCGGCGAUGAAACGUGCGAUAGAUGCAAAAAAACCAUUGUCCAAGAUAAAGCUACCAGUCAAGAAGGAUGUAAAAGCUCUCUCAUCAGACAGUUUAACGGAGGCAAACGCGGAUCGAACUGGCAAUAAAAAGGAUUUGAUCAGCAAAAGUUGCGCUAUCACGAGACCCGAAUCACCUUCUUUUAAACAAAAAAGCACUGAAAUCGGUUUAUCAAUCGAUUCCUUGGAGACUAAGAGUAAGUCAGUCACCGUGAAAAAAAAAGUUAGUAAAAUGGAUACAUCAUUAUCCACGGACAGUCUUAUGACAGAGAUAACGACGACUCCGAAAUCCAACAUGUCGAUAAAUAAAUUAUCGCCUACUUUAGCAAAAGCGAAUAAAACUCAAACUUAUGACAGAAUGAAAAAAAGCUCGCCACCAACGCAGCAAAAGAGCCCAUUAACGAUCACUAAGAGGCCUCCGAGAUCAUUGGAAAGUUCUACCGCCGCCAGUCGCAGUAGAGCCGCUGCUAUAAGUAACACGUACCACGGUUCACCGAGUUUACGCAGAAGCUUAUUAGAUGCUGCAAGAACGCCGGACGUUCCCAAUAGACCGGUGAAUACGGUAACUCCUUUCAGAAUGCGACAAGUCGUACAAACAAACGUUCCUUCCAACGCGAGGAGAGAAAGGAAGGAAACUCAAAAUUCGCAUGGCUCUGACAGCCCCAGCAAAAAGUCCUCCCCGAAGUCUAAUGUAGGUAGUAGGAUGAGCAAGUCGGUAAUCGCCAGCAAAAGAAUUAUCAGUGGUAAAGUUGACGACAAGAUUAAAAAGUGCCAUAAUGUGGAGGCGCAAAGACAACCCACGGUAGGUUCGAGAUCGGGUACGUUCCUCAAAGAUGAACCUACGAUACUUAAGAAAGUAGACAUUAAGUCAUCACAAAUUAAUACUUAAUGCUAUUAAUGACUGGAAAAUUCUAUCGAUAGGAUAUGCAUUGUCGACGCGAUUUGUUAAUGCUAACGAUCUGCUAACAAUAUCACAUUUUUAUCAAGAUUCUUUCCUUAAAUCAUCUAUGAUUCUAUAAUCGUAAUAGUAAGGAUAGAUUUUAAAGAUAUUGAUAAUUAAAAUCAUUUCGCAUCUUGAUACAUAUACGUAUAGAGCUUUAUAUAAUUGUCUUUUUACAAAAGCAUUCCUAAAAUUAUUAUUGUUCUUGUGACAUUUGUGACUAUGUUAUCAUAAAUGUUUUACAAUUUGUGUAUGUAUAUUAACGUAUUUCACACAUAUUUUUGUUUUCCCCAUAUAUAAUAAAAAACUUAUAUAAUAAAAAAUACUUGUUGACAGUGCAUUAGGUACGCGUAAUAAAUCGUAAUUAAUGAAGAACUAUCGCUAGAGUAAAUGCGAGCGUGAUAAUUCCAACAGAGAAAUCGUAUUAUAUGUAAAAUAGUGAAAUGUAAUUUUAACUUAUGAAAGCCUGGAAUUCUCGUUAAAAAAAAAAAAAAAAUACACUUGAGCUGCAUUUAUUAGUUAAAUAGAAAAAUAUACUGAUUAUCUUAUGACGCUAGAGGUGAUUAUAUUUAAAUAUGAUAGAACAAUUUUCAAAUAAUAAUUAAACAAGUUUUCCUGCUUUUUUAAUAACAUGCAGGUCGUAAAAUCUCAUUCUGUGAAAUCAGAUAUACGAAUUAGUCUGGAAAAAAUGUAUGUCUUUGUGUGUGUCUGUGCACACAUACAAACAUAGUCAAAGAUAUGAAAAAAGAUUAUACAUAUGUCUAAAAAAAUUUUUCCAAGAGAAAAUUUGUUUGAAAACAGAAAAUUUAUAAUCGAGCUGCAUCUUUCUUGAAUCACUGUAUCGCACAAUUAAAAUAAGUGAAGAUCUCAUAUAUAUACAUACAUGCACUAAUAACAACAGAUAGAAAGAUAAGAAUAGACAUGUACUUAAAUGAACAAAAUUUUGAUUAUACAUGUACACAUUAAUAUCUCGUAGUACUGCACACGCAGCAUCUCAUAACCCUUACAUAAAAAAACGUGGCCAGUAAAAUAAUUGUGUUUAGACAGCUCUUCCAUUCUACGUAAAUAUGCCAUAUCAAUUUGAAUUACUUUUUUAGUAACCAAAUAACGAUUUUAUUGGAUGCUAUUUAUUACUAAUUAAAGUUGCCAUUGUAUAAACUAAUUCCGAAUGCAAGUAAGAAAAUUAUAUCUUCUUCUCUUGCAGUUAUUUAACGAUAAAUUGUAUGUAAAUGAUAUAUUUAUUUGUUAAAUUUCUAUCUCUAUUUUGCAAUGUACAUUUUUAUGCAAUAUUUAUAUCUAGUCAUUUGUAUAUUUUAAAUAUUUACUUUUUUGUGUAAUGUUAAUAAAUAUAUC